AUCUUAUGCAUAAUCUUAUCCACUCCACCUCUCUAAACUCAAAAUUUGUACCCCAAAAAUCAAAAUAAAUUAAGACAAAAAGAGAACCCAAUGUACAGGUAGCCGGUGGGUGAAUCCUAGGGCUAAGUAAUGCACGUAUUCAAGGAAAAAAUAAUAUUACUAUAUAUAGCUGAUAUCAUAUUAAUUAAUCCGCUGAAUUUAAGCUCGAAAUUAUGGAGUAUGAAGAUCAAGAAGAGGAGCAAGAGGGAGAGGUAGGCUACAACAAUGAGCCGGGCAACAAGAUCCCGAGCCCGCCGGCGCUGCGGAAGGCCCGGUACAAGGAGUGCCUCAAGAACCACGCCGUGGGCAUCGGGGCCCACGCCGUGGACGGCUGCGGCGAGUUCCUCCCGGCGGGGGACGACGGCUCGCUCGAGUCCCUCAAGUGCGCCGCGUGCGGCUGCCACCGCAACUUCCACCGCCGGGAGAGCGAGGGCUACGGCAACCAGCAGCUAGUUUUGGCCCACCACCCGCACCCACUCGGCCACUUCGGGUACCGGAGCUCGGGGGGGUACCUCCAGGUGGGGCCGCCGCAGAGGGCGGCGCCAGUGGCCCUGGCUCUGCCGUCGAGCUCGGGCGGCGCGGGGGAGAUGGAGGAUUACUACUCGGGAGGCGGCGGGGGAAGCUCGAAGAAGCGGUUCCGCACGAAAUUCACGGCGGAGCAGAAGGAUAGGAUGCUGAGGCUGGCGGAGCGGCUGGAUUGGAAAAUCCAAAAGCAGGAUGAGGAAUUGGUGCAGCAAUUCUGCAGCGAAGCGGGCAUCAAGAGGCACGUGCUCAAGGUGUGGAUGCAUAACAACAAGCACACUCUUGAAAAACCUGAAGCCUUCUGCACAGCAUUCAUUGCCUGUGUUGUUGAUUUCACAGCCAUUGCGUGCUUGCAUUUCAUCCUUUGUACCUCAAAUGCAAUAAACUAUAUCGAUUGGAUCGAGAAGGAAGAUAAAGGUAGAAGAAGAAGAACACACGCCUGAUGAAGACGAAGAGCCGACAACUUUUUUUUUAUUUUUUGAAGCUGAAUAACAGACGGGGGACGACUCUUGAAGAAGAAAAAAAGAACACAUUUUUAUUCGUGUUGUUGCAAUUUAUAUUGUAGAUAAAAAAAAUGAUGAAUUGGAUGAAAAUAGUCAUUUACAGUUUUCUUUACCCAA